GGGAGCGAACCGGCGAUCGCGGCGAUGGGGGGGCACUUCACCCGGACCGUGGACAGGGAGGUGAUGACCUACAGUGCGACGGUGGCCGAGGCCGACGUGCCCAAGGCCAUGGCGGUGCUCGCCGACGCCGUCAAGGCGACGAACUUGUCGGCAGAGUCGCUUCAGGCCGCCAAGGGAGCUGUCCUUGACAACAUCGAAGCGGCGCGUCGCGACCCCCGGUUGGGCCUGAUGGACCACCUCCACGACGCCGCCUUCCUCGACACGGCUAUGGGCAUGUCGCCCCUCGGGACCGCGGAGAGCGUCAGCGCCCUCGGCCUGGACGGGGCCAAGAACUUCUACGGCCGCGGGUUGGCCGGGUCGCGGGUGGUGGUCGCCGGCGCCGGAGCGGUCAAGCAGGGCGCUCUCACCGACAUGGCGCAGACCCUCCUCGGAGACGUGGCCGCCUCGUCAUCCUCGGCGGUAGACGAGGCCGUCGAGCCGGCCUACUUCCUCGGGUCGGACAAGCGCAUGCGGUACGACAGCAUGCCCAACGCCCACGUGGCCUUCGCCUUCAAGGCGCCCCCCGCGGGCUCGAAGCACUCCAUCUCCAUCAUGAUGGUGCAGGCAUUGCUCGGGUUCGAGUACAACGAGCGAACGAUCCUCGGCGUGAACGCCGCCUCGAAGUGGGCCCAGGAGAUCGCCGAGCUAAACCUUGCCGCUGUGGCGACGCCCUUCUACAAGGGCUACAAGGACGCUGGGCUCCUGGGAGUCUCGUGCAUCGCUUCGGACAACCACCUGGACGACUUCAUGUGGUACACGCUGCACAACCUGCUGCACAUCGUCCACAAGGUGACGGACGCGGAGGUGGGCGUGGCGAAGACUCUCCUCAAGAACCACAUCUAUCAGCAGAACUCGGGGUGUGGAGACGCGGCCGGCAUCAUCGCCGGAGACGUGAGGCAAUUCGGCCGCCGGGUGCCGUACGCCGAGAUGGUUGCGCGCAUCGACGCCAUCACCACCAAGGAGAUCAAGGCGGUACUAGACAAGAGGAUACUUCGUCCCACCGCGUUCGAGAGGCCAGCGCUGUACCUCCAGUUGCUAGAGCGGCAACCCAGUCCGGGGAAAGGGGGGCGGGUAUGCUACUCUAAGGGGACCAUAUCUUUGGUGGGAUCGGGGAGACGGAGCGGGGGGUACACUGGUCCUUCGUCCAUACGAGGCGCGGCUAAAGUUUCGACAGCUGCCAGGGGGAUGGCGGGAACGGGUGGUGCAAUGAUAAUUUGAUACGAGCUAAGAGUAACGCUGUUUUUUAAGCAGUUAUUUACCCUACAUAGAUAAGGUGUUUUCACGGACUCCCUUCAGGAUGGUUGCACGCCUCUUGUGCCGGCAUCGUACACUUAUCCAGUCUCGCUUCCGUUUUGGCCGGGCGGCGGUUGCGCGCUGGGGAGGAAAUUAAUGUUGAGACUCUCUGGUUUAUGCGUUUAAGCACGCAAAUCGAUCCGCGCGAACGAGUGCAUUGCUUUCCGUCACGAUGGACGGAAGGGUGCCGUCCUUAGGGACUCCUGUUCGGUUGUUCCAACAGUUCAGCGGCCGGUUUGGCAUCAAGAACACGCGUGUUCAUUUUUUGAACAGCUGCAUGUUGGGGUACCUGCGCGUCUGCUCAAAAUGCUGAUUCCCCCUGAACGUUCACUCAGCGGUCUCGUUGCUAGAUGUGCAAAAAGAAAAUGAAGCCGUUCAUCCCGUAGACUGCCGAGAAGGCUCAUCCAGCACCCAGCACUUCAUGAAUCAAAAUGUUGGUUACGAACGGUAUGCUGAGGAACUACAGCGGGCUUCAGAAGUCAGGCUGUAGGGCUACCCCGGCCUGUUGUUCUUGUCGCGAAUCUGACCCGAAGGACCCCGACGUGACGGUUCGGGUUUGACGAUAGGACAGAUGCACCUGUCCCACUCUGGUUCCCAACUUACCAGCCGAAUUUGGCGCACAAGUGUUGGAGUCAUGCGGAUUCGGCGAGACGGUUAGCCUUGUCUUUCGGAGUCGACCUUUGCGAGAAGCGAUAGUUUGCCUCUCUCGCGCUUCUAAGAAGGGGUUCUGUGGCCAGUUGUCU